CCUGAUUAGGAGGCACCAUGCUGGAGCGUGUGAAGACCUCCCUCCGUAGCCUGGUGGACUCCAGACCGAGAGAUCUGAAAGCUUCACUUAAGACCUUCUGUCAAAGAAAUGGCCUCCUGACACUGUCUGUCAUUUCCGUUGUGGCCGGCUGCCUGCUGGGUUUUAUGAUGCGGAACAUGCAACUAUCAGAACAAGCCAAAGUCUACUUUUCCUUCCCUGGGGAACUCCUGAUGAGGAUGCUGAAAAUGCUCAUCCUUCCCCUGAUCACAUCCAGCUUGAUGUCUGGCCUUUCUGCCAUGGACUCACGAGCCUGUGGACGCAUGGGUGUGAUCACUAUCACCUAUUACCUGUGGACAACAUUCAUUGCUGUCAUUGUGGGCAUCAUACUGGUGCUAAUUAUCCACCCUGGAGCAGGCGCCGUAAAGGAAGGAGACAGAGCGAACAAUGGUCCUGUCAUGACUUCUGCAGAUGCCCUGCUGGAUCUUAUUAGAAAUAUGUUUCCAUCCAAUCUGAUUGAAGCCACCUUUCAGCAGUAUCGCACACAGCUGAUACCCUCCAUUAAGCCACUUUCUUCAUCUCGAAUCGCUGGCAUUGCACCCAAUUUUGUCUACAUUGUUCCAGAUGAGAAGAACCCCAAACUGGGCACUGCUGUUUACCUUGAGCUCACACCUGCUCCUGAGGUCAUCUACAAAUCGACCCCUGGCAACAGUCGAGAAAUGAACGUGCUUGGGAUCGUCCUCUUCUCUGCCACCAUCGGCCUUCUUUUGGGGAAGAUGGGAGAGAGAGGGAUGCCCAUGGUGAAUGUCUGCCAGUGCAUCAAUGAAUGUGUCAUGAAGAUUAUUUCAGCUGCUGUGUGGUAUUUUCCUUUUGGAAUCGUAUUCCUUGUCGCAGGAAAGAUCUUAGAGAUGCAGGACCCGACGAUGAUUGGGAAAAAGCUGGGCCUGUAUGCGGUCACAGUGGUGUCUGGUCUCCUUAUCCACGGCCUGAUUCUUUUGCCCACCUUUUACUUUCUCAUAACCAAGAAGAAUCCUAUCCCAUAUGUGCGUGGCCUCCUACAGGCUUUGGUGAUUGCCCUGGCAACCUCAUCCAGCUCUGCUACCCUGCCAAUCACCAUGAAAUGCCUCCUGGAGAACAACCGAGUGGAUCGCAGGAUUGCACGCUUUGUCCUGCCAGUAGGUGCAACCAUCAAUAUGGAUGGUACAGCACUGUAUGAGGCUGUGGCUGCCAUCUUCAUUGCACAAGUCAACCAGUAUGAUCUAGACUUUGGACAAAUUAUCACUAUCAGCAUCACAGCCACAGCAGCCAGCAUUGGAGCUGCAGGAAUCCCGCAAGCAGGCCUGGUUACCAUGGUGAUUGUUCUGACAUCGGUAGGCCUUCCGGCUGAUGACAUUACGCUCAUUGUUGCAGUGGACUGGGCUCUAGAUCGAUUCAGGACCAUGAUCAAUGUUCUAGGGGAUGCACUGGCUGCAGGAAUCAUUGCUCACAUCUGUCGGAAGGACUUCAUGCCCAGUAUGGAAAAGGAUGACUUGAUCUGCAGUGUCCAGAACCUACCUACAACGGAGAUCCCACUGCUGGCCAGCAAAGAUUGUGUGUUUGAGGUCAUUGGUGAUACGGUUACAGAGAAGCCAACAGUUUACUACAAUAUCUGUCAAGUGUGAAUUGGCCUACACUCCUCUUCCAUUUGCUAUAAAAUGGUUAAGCAGUUCAAGAUUAGCCUCUCACAACUGUGCACUUGCAAAGAAAGUAGGGACUGUCUCAUCGAUGAAGAGCCAAAGGAUCAUUUGAGGACAUCUACCAUUUAUGGUUGUGAAUGAAGACCUUUAUUUUUCUUACUAUCAAUAACUAUAUAGCAAGUGUCAUGCGGGUGCCUUCAGAUUCUCAGUGGAGAGGCCAGGAAAAGUCUGCUUUAUAACAGAGUGAUGGCAACUUUUUUUUUUUUAUUCAAAUUCAGCCUAAAAUCUCAAACGGUUUAGGACAAUCAUUGGACACUACCAAAAAAGUGAACCUGUCAAUAAAACCACAGUAAAAUCCUUGUGUGGAUCUAAUCACUGGGGUGGGUUGGCACCCUGCCCAGGAUUGGUUCCCGCCUUGUGCCCUGUGUUGGCUGGGAUUGGCUCCAGCAGAC